UUCAGAAAAGUCAAAUUAUUAUUUUUACAUAAUAUUUUAAUAAUGAAACUUUUAUCUCGCAUCUUCAAGACGUCGGAGCAAGAUGUGACGAAACCCUUGAUGAACUUUGAAGAAUGGGUGAACAUUUACAAAAAAAAUAUCGAAGCUAUUCUUAAGAAUAUUUCACUUUUCGAAAAGCAAAUAAAGCAGAUUCUACAAGUCAAACUCAAUGAUCUGAGGACUCGGACUUUGUUUAAAGUUAAUAAUAUUCUCAAUUCAACAUUCGAGAAUAUUAAGUUAUCUAUCGAGAAGGCGAAAAAAGAGGGUAAAAAAAUUAAUGAAUGUUAUAAUUAUGCAAAGCAUAAUUUGGAAACGAGGAAAGACAAUACAAUUGCUGAAUUGGAGACGUACAUCCAAUAUGGAAAUAAGACUAUGGAAGCCCCAUUAAAGAACGUGGCAAACAAUAUUAAGGUAAUAAAGACGUUGCUGACAAAGUUAAACGCUAUCAUUCCAAAAUGUUACUCUUCGAACUAUAUCAAGAUGCAGAGCUGCAUCGCAAUGAAUCUUGCUCGAACUAAAUUGUCGUUAAAAGAUAUUGAUAGUAAUGCCAUAACGUUAAUAAAUACCGGGACAACCGAGUAUAUAAAUACAAUUAGAGAGGUGAAAAAUAGCAUGAUAAAGCUUGUCGUUGAUAUCCGCAUUUUCAACACAAGUAUCAUUGUUCGUAUUAAUGGUUGCAUAAAAAUGCAUUUACAGACAAUCUCAUAUCAAAUAAUUUUAAAUCCAUUGCCAUUUAUUAACUUCCUGAUUAUAAUCCAGAGAUACAAAUUAUGUAAAGAUUAUAAUUGCGACUUGGAUGGCGAUUACUGGUACCGCGAUGCAUAUAAUACUAUCGUGCUAUAA